UUACAUUCACAUGGAUAGUUGGAAAUUGAUACUCUGAGCACCAGAUUUACAAAUUUUCGCCGAGGGUAGUUGACGACGAGGAAUAUGAUGUUAGAUUGCCCUGGAAGCUAAGGCGUGGCGCUGCGGAAGAAGUUGUGUGAUGGCUCUUCCAAUCAGCCGGCGCCAGGCGCCUAUCCUCUGUAUAAUAACAAUAUACGUGAAAUUGAAGAUCCACGCACCUCCACAUCUCCCAGACCGUAGGCAUUAUUCUUGACAUGGCUUCAAGGGGCAUACCAAUGGAUGCUGCUGUCACAAUGUCAUUAUCGCUAGAAGGUGUUCUGUACGGCUUUUCGAUCUUCAUGUUUAUGUGUACAGUCGGAACUUUGGCCUACAAACGGCGCGUGGAGGAAAUCAAUCGCCCUACCCUUGUGGUGGCUACGCUGCUGUUGAUGCUGAGUACUGCGCACAUGGUCGUGAACAUCAUUCAUAUCGAAGAUGGACUGGUGAAGUAUCGUGACACGUUCCCAGGCGGGCCAGUGGCGUUCUUCGAAGAUGUUUCCCAAGCCGCAUAUUUGAUCAAGAAUGCAUUGUAUGUUGCGCAAACACUACUUGCUGAUGGUGUGGUGAUUUACCGCUGCUAUGUUGUCUGGCAAUCCGUCCUGGUCAUCAUUCUACCAUGCAUGUUGUGGUGCAGCGCCGCAGCGACUGGUGCUAACGCGAUCUAUGAUUGUUCGCAAGCCGGUACUAGCAUAUUCGCCACGGAACUCGUGCAGUGGGGCAAGGCGUUUCUUGCCUCAACACUCGCAACCAAUUUGUUGAGUUCAGGAUUACUGGCAUAUCGGAUCUGGAUGACUGAACGCAGUGUCUCUACAGCGCAUACUACGAAAAGCUCUUUGAUGCCAAUAUUGCGUGUGCUGGUGGAUUCCACUGUUUUAUACUCUGUGGUACUCUUCACCGCUCUAAUGUGUUUCGUCUUCUCAAACAACGGUGUGGUGGUGGUGAUGGACAUGGGCAUGCCGAUCAUGUCGAUUGCAUUCUACAUGGUGCUUAUUCGCAUCGCAUUUAAUCGGUUCUCGACCAUUCCAAAAAGGACAACAAGUGAGACGGAACAAGGAAGCUCGCGGCAAUAUCCUAUGAGCCCUUUACAAAUCCAUGUAUCCCAUUUCGCCCACAGCGACGGUGCUUCAGUCUACGGAACAAGGAACAAAGACCGAGCAUCGAUAUGCACAACAGACUCUGAAAGAGGAACCUUGCAGUAUGUGAUCAGCCCGAAUUUCACCUAGAUUUCGCGCAUUUCCCCAGAUUUUUGUUUAGACCUCUUAUUCACACUCACACUCAGCGUUCUGCUAUGACUUCGCCGUAUUUUGUUGCGUUCACAUGAACAUUUCGAAACUUAUUAUGAUGCUCGUUUGUUCGCCACGGGCAGUUGACAACAAUGGACUGUAUUGUUAGCUAUUGUUAGAUGGACCUCGGGGCUAAGAGGCGUGCUGCGCAAGAAGCUGUAUGAUGAUUCUUCAUGAAUUUAAUAAGCGUAUUUGUAGUACUUGGCCA